AUGUGGUGGCAGAGACUGCGCCAUGUGGCGGGCAGAGACUGCGCCAUGUGGCAGGCUCUGGCUGAGGUGUGCAACACGAAUGCUAAUUCGUCCCGAGCACUAGCCUCACGUCACACCUUGCCCAACAUCUCACGUCACGCCUCACACCCAAUAUCUUACGUCACGAAGCUGUCACGGGCGCAGCGUCGGCUGAGCAACAGCCUGAGCGUGUUCAAGUUCGAGUGCAUCGGCAGCAGUCAGACCGACGAUGAGAUCGUCAUCGGCUCGUCCCUCAAGGAGUUCGCCAAGAUCGUCGACAUGGUCGAGGAUGAACGAGAGAGAAUUGCUGACGCCAGCGUGGAGAUGGAGCAGCGGUUCUUCGCUCAAGCGUCCCUGGAGUACGUCUUCUUGCUGCAGGAAGUGCAGGAGCGGAAAAAAUUCGAAUUUGUAGAAACUUUGUUAAGUUACAUGUACAGCUGGCUGACGUUCUACCAUCAAGGACACGAAGUUUUCAAUGACUGCAACCCUUACCUCAAGGACCUGCAAGUGCGCCUACAGCGGACACGGGAGAAUUUCAUGUCGACGCGCCAGGAAGCCGUGCAGCUCAAGAACAAGAUGCUCGAGAAAAAUUCCGAUCCUGGAAGCAUGGACAAAAUGUACACACGACAAGGAUAUCUUUUUCUCAUGGAGAAAAAGGCAUUCGGCACGACGUGGACCAAGCAUUACUGCCAGUACCAGAAGAAGAGUCGCAUAUUCACAAUGAUUCCAUACAAUCAAGUACAACAGAAAAUCACGUCUACGGAGACGCUGAUGCUGAAGUCGUGCGUGCGGCGCAUGUCUGAGAGCAUAGACAAGCGCUUCUGCUUCGACCUCACAGCGCAGGACCGCGAGAAGCUCGGCGUCGUGUACACGCUGCAGGCGCUCUGUGAGGAGGACCUCAAGCUCUGGAUGGACGCUAUGGACGGCAAGGAACCUGUCUCAUCACCGCUGUACGCACAGCCCCGCGUAGGGCAGGAUCAGACCGAGCUCGACGCGUACGGCUUGGCGUUCAUCAGCCGCGCCAUCGCCGCGCUCGAGGCCAGAGGACUGGAGGACCACGGCCUCUACCGCCUCGUCGGCGUCUCCAGCAAGGUCUCCAAGCUGCUGGCUCAAGGGCUGGACCCUCAGCGGUGCACCAAGCUCUGUCUCGACGACCCUGCCGAGUGGGAGACUAAAACCAUCACGUCUGCUGUCAAACAAUAUUUCCGUAACCUUCCUGAACCUCUCAUGACCUACGCACUCCACAACGAUUUUAUUACGGCCGCAAAGACUGUGCGUCUGGCGUCUCGGGUGGCAGCCAUACAAGAGCUCGUACAGAGACUGCCUAAUGACAACAGAGUUGUUCUAGAGAAACUCCUCCAUCAUCUCUGCCAAGUGGCGCGCAAGAGCGACAAGAACCUGAUGACGGUGAGCAACCUGGGCGUGUGCUUCGGGCCGACGCUGCUGCGGCCUGAGGAGGAGACCGUCGCCGCCAUCAUGGACAUCAAGUUCUGCAACAUCGUCGUCGAGAUUCUUAUCGAACAUUACGAUAAGAUUUUCGGCGGCGGGACUGGCAACGAAGUCGCGUCGUGGGAGACCUCGCGCCUGCACGACUCCCGCAGCCACUCCACUCUCCUAAGGCUCCCUUCAUUCAACACGAGCGAGCCUCAGAGCGUGCACUUCGGUGGUGCAGCGACCGCCUCUCCUUCUCCCUCAGCUGCUCUGCUGCGUUCUGAAGGCAGCUCCAACCUGAAGCAGCAGCCGCAGCAAUAUUCCCAAGUUUAUUCGAAUUUAUCGAUGCCUCCGUGGAGCCACAGCGCCUCGAAUACGAGCCUAAAUUCUGCAGGUGGAGGUGGUCACUCCGUGUCGAGUCAACCCGGACAGCUGCGGGACCUGUCCAGUGGAGGAUACGACAGCAGUUCUGCGCCUCGCCAUCAUCGCACUUACCGCCCUCAUGCUUCCUCCUCCAACGCCGCUACUACAAGUAAUGCUGCCACCACUGCCACAACAAAUGCUGCCACCGCCGCCACAAUUACUGCUGCCACCGCCGCCACAGCACUCAAUGCUGCCACCAACACAAUAAAUCUCGCUGGCGCAGAGCUCGAGCUCCCAAGUGCCCCUGCCACGGCCUCGUCGCCGCGGCACGUCGCACGGGCCGCGCUGCUCCAAGACGUCCCCGCGCCAGCAGGCGACGUUUGCUCGCCGUCUGUGCGCUGUAACGUGGCCGCCGCCAUCGCCACCAUGGCAGGCGCUCCGUUUUCUAUGAUAAAUCCCCUCAUUGGAGGUGACCGCAACGAUGGUGCGGUGAGCACGAGUAGUUCAAGCGAGUCGCUGUGCUCGCGCUCCUCCAGAGAACAAACAACCAGCACCUCCCUCCACCAUCACCAUCCUUCUCACCACCCUCCUCCUCCUGCACCACACCUACAUCACCAUCAUCACCCCCAGCAGAAAGGUCCUCCUCUCUACCAACAACCCAAAGCUCAGCAGUUGGGCGGGGGUGGCGGCUCGUCUCCACCGCUGCCACGACCGCGUCUCGGGACGGCGUAUCCUCCAACCUUCCGCCAGCACAUGGAGACGCUCUGCAAAAGGCAAUCGUUGGAACAACUAUACUCAUCCAUGAACUCGCUGAGUGCAGGAGGCGGCCUGGCGUCCCAGAGUUUACUGUCCUCUCUUCCUGCGGCCAUGAACAACAACAACAACAACCAUGUCGCUUCCUCGACCGUUGCCAAGGCGACCAAUGGCACGUCUCCAGCGCUCAGCAGGGUGGUGCGGACGCUGUACGCGUGCGUCGGGGAAAAUGAUUCUGAACUUUCCUUCGAUGCCAACGUCUACCUCACCAAUGUGCACUCUUCACGAGAGCCCGGUUGGCUGGAAGGAAGCUUGGAUGGCCGCACGGGACUCGUGCCGGAGAAUUACGUCGAGUUUGUGGACGAGAAGAAUCUGCCCUCGCAUCUUAGACAAAGUCCUGUGGCAUCACUGACUAAAACUGACGUGUAGUUUUGUUCUCUUUUUUGUUCUCGAUAGCUAAUCAUUCCUGCACUUCUUUGUGCUUAUGAGUUGUACAUUCGUUAAGUCUGAGGCUACGCAUCAGUCACGUGUAAGAUUAUAUCAUUACUGAAGUAAGUGAGUUGUCUUGCAUUGUUGAAACGAUGGUUAGAAAUCAAAACUAAUUCAGUCCAGACAACGGCUUGUUGACUUGGAUUCUGCAGGACGCGCCCUGAGAACCCUGCGCUGCUCUUGCCCCUACUGGCAAGACGCACACGGAAAUGAGGGCUCAUUUCCUUCAAUAUCUUAGAGGGCAUGCAAGAUAGUGCGAAUGCACUUUUUAUUAACACGUUUUUCUUAGCUUAGCUUCGCGUUUGUUUGUUUGUU